AUGGAAACAAUAAGUUUUGCCACAAGUGAUGACCCUAACAGGUCAUACAGUCUGCGGGAUAUAUUUGUGUUAAGUUUAUACGCUUUGACAACAAUUGUCGCAUUGUUUGGCAAUUGUUUGGUCUGUCGAGUGGUCAUCAAAUCACAAAAGAUGAGGACAACUGUAAAUCUAUUGAUCGUUAAUAUGGCUUUUUCUGACAUAAUCUGUGCCAUAACAAUACCAAUGCAAUGGCUAUUAUGUUCCCAGCAAUUACUGAACCGUUACGAUCACCUGUAUAUCGGAUGUGCCAUAAGUAAGAGCAUACAAGUGCUGUCAUUUUAUGUAUCAAGUCUUACAUUUACAGCCAUAGCCAUUGAUCGCUAUAUUGUAGUCCAUUAUCCGAUCAAAAAGAUUAAACCAAAAGUAUUCAUAAUCAUAGUGUGGGUAAUAUCUCUAGCAUUUGUCAUAUUUACCGCAGUGUCUGUCAAAAUAUUUACAUAUGAUUUCACAAGUGAUCCCAUUAUCACCUGUCAAGUGGUCUUACGCUUCGACUUUCCCUUUUCAUCAGACAUCCUGAGACACAUUCGUAUAAUUGGUGUUAUACUAACUCAAUACAUGCUUCCGGUGUUGACAUCAAUGCUAUUUUACGCCAAAAUUAUUCACACAAUUUGGAAGCGAAAUGUCGGAGAUAUGAUUGACGUCCAGAAAAGACAUUUGUUGGACAUCAAGAAGCGUACCAUUAAAAUGCUAAUCAUUGUUGUAGUUGUGUUUGCCAUUUGUUGGCUACCCGUCAAUGUUAUACAUUUUGUUGACUUUUAUGGCAAUCGUCUAAACGCCAGUGGAUGUAAUUCAAGCACAUUGUAUCUCAUAUUUUACUGGUUGGGUAUCAGUAGUUGCAGUUACAACCCAUUUAUCUUCUGGUGGCUCAAUCAUGACUUCAGGGCCGGUGCUAAAAGCGUCUGGAAGUACAUGACCUGUCGUUUCAUUAGAAAUAGAGACAGAAUUAGUUCCACUUCUUCUACUAAUACUCUCGUCAAUAGAAAACAAUCAAAUAUUUCUGUUUUCUAA